AUGUCGCAGCUUCACCCACCGGUCAUUGCCCGCGAUACACGGGACGAUUCGAGAAGGCAGCAGGCGCCGUUUCCCAUCAUAUCCGUCGAACCAUGGAACAACCCACUUUUCCAGGUCGCAGCUGGGAGGGGUACAGAUCCUCUUCAAGUCAUCGCUCAUCCGGCACCAGCGCCUGCCACUUCGAUAUCCUCAUCACCUGGCCAAACCAUUCCGACCGCCAAUGAAAACACUGCCAGCAACGGCAUUUUGGACACAGAGACUUGGGAAACUACCAUCGACAUUUCCGCACAAGGAAAGGAUCUGGUCUUCUUUCAUCAAAAUCUCUACUAUGGCCUUCACACCAAGAUCAAGUGCCCCGAAGUCGCAACUCGUACGUGGGACGAAGACAUCAAGACGCGUCUGUCUUUAGAUCUGAUCCCUGUGCAAGAGUGCAUGUCACGAAAGAAAAAAGACUCCGCCGUUGAGUUGGACCUACGCAUGUCCGGCACCGCGCAAUUUGGCGCGACGACAAUCACUCUAUCGCCCGCCAUCUGGAUUCUGUGUGGCAGCCAAUACUGCAGGAAGAAGAUCCAGAAAGAGGUGGCCAAGCUGACUUGGUUGCGGGUUUUUAAUAGGUACGCAAUCGAAAUACACAGAGGAGCCCCAAUCCUCGCCACGUCACUACCGCCCACGUCCGUAUUCCUGGACAACCUGGACCUCGGGCACCCUUUCCCCUUGCCCUCUUCCAUUUCGAACAAUAUUCGGUUACACAUUCACCUGGAGGAUGAUGAGGGGUCUGCUGGCUCCGGAUGUGGGAGGCUCUGUUGCUUCACUCUCCUCCAUAACAACCUCGAACCCGUUCAACGCUUCUCGAGGCUGGGAGGCAUGUUGGAUAUUGAGGCACAGCAGAAAAUCACACCUUUUGGUCUCACUACGGCGCAUGGGAUACACCAACUUCUCGUCAUGGCCCAGGCUAGGCGGGAUAUGAGUCUCAAGGACAGCCAGGCCGAGUCCGAUUCUGACUCGGAUUCUGGAAAUGAAUUUGAAAUUGAAUCUGAAUCUGCCCCGAGCGAAGGCGAUGGCUCUGAUUCCGAGUCUGGGGACGACGGCACGGACGAUUUGCACCUCUGCUGUGGCUCCGAUUCAUUACUCUCGUCUGCCUUGCCGCCGGUCAGCCUGCCAAACAGGUAUGGAAAAGAGGGAACAGGUGUAGGAUUAUUCCGCCAGACCGUGGAGUGGUUCGACAGAUCUCGGGGUCCCUUCUUUAACAUUGUCCAAAUUCUUGCCAACGCGGCAGAUCCCAUCGAAGGCCGUCUUCUCCCUGAUGAAACCUACAUCAGAUUUGGAAAAGAAUAUGUACAGACCAGGAAGAUUGAAUUGUCUGCUCCACUCUCCACAGGAACGUCCGGGGCGUGGGUGGUCCGCGAGGGCUGCUUGCAUGGAGUAAUUAUCGCCGUCUAUGAGCGCGAGCCCUAUGCGCACAUGAUUACAUCCAGAAGGCUUUACACAGACAUAGCGGUCUCGCUCCCUGGCUUUGACGCUGCAAACACGAGUGCAAACACCGAUGACCUUAAACUGCUCCUCCUACAGCCGCAUAUCAAGCUCAGCCGUCCAACCUCCGAAUUCCACAGGAAUCGCGCGCUUGAUGAGGCUGAGGGUCGUCGGGUGGGUGAUUACGGCGAAAAAGGAAAGAGGAAGGAUUCCGCAUCCAGGUUUUCCAGAUGUUUGGUAUGCCCGUUUUACAAGAGAUAUCCCAAUAGCAAGAACUUCAACAACUCAUGCAAAGGGGGCUUGGAUUGUAUGCGUCGGAUCUUAGAGCACAUCUAUGCAUGUCAUCCAAGGCGGUGCACCAUUUGCCUAGUCUCAUCUGGCGACGGUCCUCGGGUUUGUGAGCACCUCCGAACUGCAACCGAACCCGAGGACAGGAUGCUAUCGCCUGAUGAAGAGAUGAUGCGUGUCACCCAGCUUCAGGAGGAAAUGUCAAAGGAGCCGGGAGAAAACCUCACUGACCAGGAGCAAUGGGUCCGCGUUUUCCGGAUCCUUUUCCCUGAUGUUGCGGACGACAAGAUUCCGUCACCAUACGAAAAGACGAUGACCGCCAUGACGUCUACCAAGAGUCACUACCUAUCCAGUUCGGCGACAGUAAGCGAGUUCCGCGCGUUCUUGGAGGAAGAUCAUCCGUCCCGUUUUACCUCUGACAUGAAAAACCACCUCCAUGUCGGGCUGGAAGGGGCCUCGACCCAAGGCGACAUGACGGAGGUGAUCCGGACUACCAUCCAAAAGGCUAUGGAGGAGUUCUCGGGUACACUCGACUCCUCCGCCGCCCUCCUGGAAAUGUCCGAGCAAGACAUUGUCUUUAACUUCUCUGUUGGACCCUAUCCUACCCUCCUAUAG